GCAGUGAUUCAGAGGGGAAAACCAAUCGGUGAUCCCUUAGUAUAGAUUAUUUUUUUUAGUUUUUAAAACUCAAUCUUUUUGGCUUGUUUCUGUGUAGCAUUUUCUGGGUUCAAUGGAGAAGAUGAGUUUAGAACAACACCCGAAAUCCACCAUUUGUCUGGAGACUCAGGACAACGGUGGAGAAGGGUCCAAAGGAUUUGCUGGGGUGAGCUUUCUGUCUCCUGAUACUCCAUCAUCUUCAUCUUCUCAUUCUCCCUGUUUUGGCGUUUCGGGCACUCCUGCGGGGAGGGAGUGUGAGAACGCUGAGUUGGCCAUCCAGGUCAUGGGCCCUGCAUUGAAGCAGCAGAAGAAAGCUCGGCCUGUCCAGUCCAUGGAGGGCAAGUACAUGAAGGUGAGUGAUGGAGAGGGAGAGCUGUAUUCUGGGAAAAAGAAUACUGGGUUUGAUUUAAACAAAGUUCCGGAAGAAGAUGUGAGCUUUGGUACAGGGAAAGAAAGCGGGAAUGGACAAUCGAAGCUCUGUGCUAGAGGCCACUGGAGACCAGCUGAAGAUUCCAAGCUCAAAGCGCUUGUCUCUCAGUAUGGUCCUCAAAACUGGAACUUGAUUGCUGAGAAGCUCGAUGGAAGAUCAGGGAAAAGUUGCAGAUUGAGAUGGUUUAACCAGUUAGACCCAAGGAUUAACAAGAGAGGUUUCAGUGAUGAUGAAGAGGAGAGGCUUUUAGCUGCGCACAGACUGUACGGUAACAAAUGGGCAACGAUAGCAAGGCUUUUCCCUGGAAGGACUGAUAAUGCAGUUAAGAACCAUUGGCAUGUGAUCAUGGCUAGGAAACACAGAGAGCAAGCCAGUGUUUACAGGAGGAGGAAGCCUUCAUCUUCUCUGCAGACAGGCCAUGCGACGACUGAGACGACUCAACUGAACAAUGCAUGCAGCGAUUCUACCAAUACAAGCAACAGGGAUGAGUCGGCCUCAACCUGCACAGAUCUCUCCCUGAGUGCCUCUUCAGCCAGAGUUCUUCCUUCUUUCUUGGCCAGUUUCAGUCCACCCCAACUGGACCCAAUUGAAGAGAAGGUGGUGAUAUUGAAAAAUGACUGUUUUGAAAAGGUUCCUGAUUCUGGCAGUGGCGUCGGCCGACAUGAACCAAAGGUGAUGGCUAUGGGAAUGGAUAAAUCUGGCUUUUCAGAUUCAAACUCUGAAGUAUCAGCAACUGAAUUGAUAAAAGAGGGGAAGGAGAGGAGAUACAUCACUUCCAAAGAGUCUUAA